AUGCCUCUCAGAUUGAAUCCAGGAAUUGUUCCAAGUGUUCUGAAGUAAUCUCCCCGGAAAUUUUGAAGCCAGUCAUAUUAUUGCCAUGUAACCACGUUGUGCAUUUCGAAUGUAUUGACAAUAAGCGUAAGCUAUGUCCUGAAUGUCCAUCUAUUGAUGAUCUGGAAAAAGAAGGAUAUUAUAUCUCGCCUAUUGUUUUAGCCAACGAAACACCCAAGAAAAAAAGGAAGAUGCAAGAAAAAGAUACUCAUAAAAGUAAAUCUAAAAGGGCCACAAAACCCAAAGCAAUUAUUCGAGAGUUAUCUGUUGCUUCAACUAGCAGUGGACCAUCAAUCAGCGCUCCUUCUGAAACUACCAAUAUUGGUGAAAUUUCUAAUCAAUUCCAUAAACUAUACUACGACGUUGAUAUUGCUGAAAAGAAGGGGGAUCAAGAAAACCAGGAGGUAGUUCAAUGCUACUUUCGGUUUGGGAGAGCUCUAUCAGAACGACUUGCUGUAUUGCUCAAGAACAACCCCCCACAGACAGCGCAUACAAAGUUAAAUAAAGAAGUUAAGGAAAAGCUUCCGGAAAAAACUAAAGAUGCUAUAGUGCGUAAAAGAACAGAUAUGGCUAGAAAAAUUUAUGAUAUAUUUAGUAAAAUCGGAGAAGAUAAAAUCAAGAAUAUUAGAUCUUUUACUGCAUCCAGUUUUUCUGAUCUAACUAGAGAUGAAGUUUCAUAUAUCAUAAAAAAUUUUCCUGUGUAA